UUCCUCUUUGGCCAGGUUGUGUCGUUGUGCAGACUCCAAGCUCGGGAUGUUGUCAUUCUUCCCAGGAAGUGUAUCCCAGUAACAAAGCAGGAAGCGGCGCUUACAAGGCAGACAGCUCUCGGUCCAUGGUUUUUAAAACAGCAUCCCAAACAUGGAGUUCAUCAGGACCACCAAGGUGGAGCAGGUGAAAUUGUUGGAUCGAUUCAGUCCUAGCAACAAAUCUGCAUCAGGAACACUGUACCUCACUGCUACUCACUUACUGUUUAUAGACUCCCAGCAAAGAGAAAUUUGGAUUUUGCACCACCAUAUUGCUGCAGUGGAGAAACUUGCUUUAACUACUAGUGGCUGUCCUCUGGUUAUACAAUGCAAGAAUUUUCGAGUGGUGCACUUUAUCGUCCCAAGAGAGAGGGAUUGCCAUGACAUUUACAAUUCUCUUCUACAGCUCUCAAAACCAGUGAGAUAUGAGGAUCUCUACGCAUUUUCCUACAACCCAAAACAAAAUGAUUCAGACCAAAUCAUUGGUUGGCAGCUUAUUGAUCUGAAGAAAGAAUUUCAACGCAUGGGAGUUCCUAAUUCUAACUGGAACCUGUCUGAUGUUAACAGAGACUACAAGGUGUGUGAGACCUAUCCUCAAGACUUGUAUGUCCCAACAAUGGUAAGCAAGCCUAUUAUUGUUGGAAGUUCAAAGUUUAGGAGCAAAGGAAGGUUCCCUGUGUUGUCGUAUUAUCACAAAGAGAAACAGGCUGCUAUUUGUAGGUGCAGCCAGCCCUUGUCUGGCUUUAGUGCUCGCUGUCUGGAAGAUGAACAUAUGCUUCAGUCCAUUACCAAAGCUAAUCCUGUGUGUAAGAGCAUGUAUGUCAUGGACACAAGGCCAAAGCUGAAUGCUAUGGCUAAUAGAGCAGCAGGCAAGGGGUAUGAGAAUGCAGACAACUAUUCUAACAUCAAGUUUCAGUUUGUUGGAAUUGAGAAUAUUCACGUUAUGAGAUCCAGUCUGCAAAAGCUUUUAGAAGUUGGUGGGACAAAAUCUGUAUCUGUUAAUGAUUUUUAUAAUGGUUUAGAAAAUUCAGGAUGGCUCCGUCAUAUCAAAGCUGUGCUGGAUGCUGCUGUUUGCUUAGCUAAGGCCAUAAAUGAUGAAAACGCCAGUGUAUUAGUGCAUUGCUCUGACGGCUGGGACCGCACAUCUCAAGUUUGUUCUUUAGGAUGCUUAUUGUUGGAUUCAUUUUACAGAACCAUUGAAGGAUUUAUGGUCUUAAUUGAGAAGGACUGGAUUUCGUUUGGUCACAAAUUCUCGGAAAGAUGUGGGCAAUUAGAUGGUGAUUCAAAGGAGAUCUCUCCAAUAUUCACACAGUUCCUGGAAAGUGUGUGGCAUCUCAUGGAGCAGUUUCCACGAUUCUUUGAGUUCAAUGAAGCUUUUUUGCUUCAAAUUCAUGAACAUGUUCACUCGUGUCAGUUUGGAAACUUCAUAGGAAACUGUCAAAAAGAGAGGGAAUAUAUGAGAUUAAAAGAGAAAACUCAUUCCUUGUGGGCCUAUCUACAAGCAGAACAAAGCAAAUAUCGGAACCCUAUAUUUGAUCCAGAUUCCUUAAAAACGUUCCCAGUAUUAGUGCCAAACACAAUACAUUUCAAUUUCAAGUUUUGGAGAAACAUGUAUCACCAGUUUGACAAGUCAAUGCAUCCAAGACAGUCCUUACCUGCUUUGCUUUUGAAAAUCACUGAAGAAAACAAAACUCUGGAAGACGAACUUCAACAAUUACAGUUGAAAAUCAGGAAUCUAAAGAAAGAAGAGUUUGCCAGCAAUGACUCCGUUGUCCUCAGUUCUCCAGUGUCUCCCAAGCUCAAUAAUUCUACUUCUUUUCAGAAAGAGAGCACUGUUCUCAAGGAGAAUGAUGUCAAUCGAACUGUAGAGAGCACCAACACGACAGACAACCGCUACACAGAGUAUACAGAGGAGCUGUCCAAAGCUGAACCUUCUGUUGUUAGCUUGGAGUUUGGAGUGGCAAGAAUGACUUGUUAAGAGCUGGAAUUAGUCUUGUUUAACUCCUUCAGUACUGUAGGAGAUAGCAUUUUACAUAUUGCAGAGAAAAGAUCAGUGCUUCAUUAUUCUGACAAAUGGAAAGAAAAUUAACCAUAGGAGAGUUCAAAUUAACAUUGUGUUUUCAGAGUUAAAAAAACUAUGUAACAUGCUUGAACGGGUUAA